UGGUGGAAAUGACUGGACGAGGGAAAACCGGCGGCAAAGCCAAGGCUAAGCCUAAGUCACGCUCGUCCCGGGCCGGACUGCAGUUCCCGGUGGGCCGUGUUCAUCGGCUCCUGAGAAAGGGCAACUAUGGUGAGCGGGUGGGUGCCGGAGCCCCGGUCUAUCUGGCUGCUGUGCUCGAGUAUCUGACGGCUGAAAUCCUCGAGCUGGCCGGCAACGCGGCCCGGGACAACAAGAAGAGCCGCAUCAUCCCCAGACACCUGCAACUGGCCGUCCGCAACGACGAGGAGCUCAACAAGCUGCUGGGAGGGGUGACCAUCGCUCAAGGCGGGGUGCUGCCCAAUAUCCAGGCCGUGCUGUUGCCCAAGAAAACCAGCGCAGCCUCUGGCACCAAGAGCAACCUGAAAGUAAAAAUGUCUGGACGAGGAAAAACCAGCGGCAAAGCUCGGGCCAAGGCCAAGUCUCGCUCGUCCCGGGCUGGACUGCAGUUCCCGGUCGGUCGUGUUCAUAGGCACUUGAGGAAAGGCAACUAUGCUCAGCGGGUGGGUGCAGGAGCCCCUGUCUAUCUGGCUGCUGUGCUCGAGUAUCUGACGGCUGAAAUCCUCGAGCUGGCCGGCAACGCAGCCCGGGACAACAAGAAGAGCCGCAUCAUCCCCAGACAUCUGCAGCUGGCCGUCCGCAACGACGAGGAGCUCAACAAGCUGCUGGGAGGGGUGACCAUCGCUCAGGGCGGUGUGUUGCCCAAUAUCCAGGCCGUGUUGUUGCCCAAGAAAACCGGCGCAGCGAACAAGUAAGCGAGAGAAACUCAACAUAGUGACCCAAAGGCUCUUUUCAGAGCCACUCACCAUGUCUGUGGAAGGGCUGAUCAUCGAUUAUGUUUAGUGCGGGACAAGUGUUCCUUGUCGUUGUCGAAAACCGACUGCACAUUGAGUUGUCUACACGGUGGCGGAGCGGUAGACCAACUGCCUUACAGCGCCAGAGACCCUGGUUCGAUCCUGACUACGGGCGCUUCCCUGUACACAAUUUGAACAUUCUCCCCAUUUCUUCCCGCACUCAAAAGACGUCCAGGGUUGUAGGUUAAUUGGUUUGAUAUAAAUGUUUAAAAAUAUAUGUUUUUCAAACACUUAUCAUUUGUAGGAUAGUGUUCAUGUGUGAGGAUCGCUAGUCGGUGCGGACUCGCUGGUCCGAAGGGUCCGUUUCCGCGUUGUACCUCAAAACUAAACAUGAAACAGCGGUUGGCUGAUGCGGGAAGAUACAUUUACGCAGAUAUUCCUCAGAACAUUGACAGUAAGAGAUCCUCCUCGAAACCAACUCCGUUUCCCUCUCACCUACAGAACAAUUAAUGCAGCAACACUAACAUCGACUCAAGGUUUCUCUCCGAAAACCGACUAAUAUCC